UGGAGCUCCAGCUCAUUCCCGAGAGCAGAUACCGGGGCGGGCAGCCUGCGAUGCAAUACAUAUACGCAUCUGGCUGCCGAUGGGGGUCCCCCCCCGUUUUCCAAUGAAAGCCAUCCCGCAUCCCUCCUUUUUUUGUUGGAGGCAUUCCCGACGAGUCUGAUUGUCAAGCGGGUUCCAAGCAACCACCUCUUGCACUCCUCUCGACCGCCGCUCAGAACUGCGCCACGAAUAAUGGCACUCAGCGCCGCCGAGGUCUCCAAGCACAAGUCGAUUUCCUCGUGCUGGAUCGUCAUCGACAACAAAGUCUACGACGUGACGCCGUAUCUCGAGGAGCAUCCUGGAGGAACAGCGAUCUUGGUGAAGCAGGGCGGCCGAGACGCCACCGCUGAGUUCCGCACGGUCCAUUCCCCGGACGUCCUCGAAUAUCUGCCCAAGGGGAGCUACCUCGGCACGAUGAACCCCGUAGAUGUAGCCUCGCUCCCCGCGGGGACCCCAAGCCAGUCAGCCGACGCCGCUGCGACGGCGGCUACGAAGCCUCCGUCCCCCUCCCUGUCCCCGCCCUCGGCCUCGCCCCCGCCUGCUUCCCCGCAGCUCGAGGUCCGGGACGGCCAGGUGCCGCACAUCGCGCACUGCGUGCGGGUGACCGACUUCGAGGACGUGGCCCGAGGCGUGCUGUCGCGCACGGCGUACACGUACGCGGCGAGCGCAGCGCACGCGGGCUCCUCGCUGGACAACAACCUCGCGUCGUGGUCACGCGUGACGUUCCGGCCGCGGGUGCUGCGCGACGUGCGGCGCGCCUCGCCGCGGACCGCCAUCCUCGGCCUCGCCUCGCCCUUCCCCUUCUUCGUUGCGCCGAUGGGCCAGCUCGGCCGCGCGCACGCCGGCGCCGAGGCCGAGCUCGCGCGCGGGCUCGCGCGCCGCGGCGUCCACUACCUCGUCAGCAACGAGUCGACGCUGCCCAUGGAGGAGAUCGCCGAGGCGCUACGGGCCGAGCAGCGCCGCCUCGGCAGCCGCGGCGACGCCGAGCGCGCCGACGCCGUCCUCUUCCCCCCCUCGCAGCUCCACUUCCAGCUCUACGUCCACUCGGACCGCGCCGUGACCGUGGCCCGCAUCCGGCGCGCGCGCGCCGCCGGCUUCCAAAGCCUGUGGAUCACCGUCGACGUGCCGGCGCUCGGCAAGCGCACGCCGGACCGGCGGCUGCAGGCGGCCGAGGCACUCGACGCCGGGCUCGAGGACGCGGCGGAGCAGGCGGGCUUCGGCCGGCGCAGCCACGCGCCGCCGGACCACUUCCAGCCGUCGCUGUCGUGGGCCGACCUCGACUGGAUCCGGCGCGAGUGGGGCGACGAGCGGCCGAUCCUGCUUAAGGGCGUGCAGUGCGCCGAGGACGCCCGGCUCGCGCUGCGUCACGGCCUGCGCGGCGUGCUGCUGAGCAACCACGGCGGCCGCCAGGCCCACGCCGCGCCCGACGCCCUGUCGACGCUGCUCGAGAUCCGCGCUCAUUGCCCCGAGGUCCUCGGCCACCUCGAGAUCUACGUCGACGGCGGGCUGCGCGACGGCGCCGACGUGCUCAAGGCCAUCUGCCUCGGCGCCACCGCGGUGGGUAUCGGCCGGCCCUUCCUGUAUGCGCUCGGGGCGUAUGGUGCCCGCGGUGUAGAGAGGUGCAUCGAUAUCCUCUCGGAGGAGCUGGUCACGGGAAUGCGGCUCCUCGGCAUCUCGUCGCUCGACGAGGCGCGGCCCGACAGGGUGAAUGCUAGUCGUCUGAUGAACGAGAUAUGGUAUCCGGAGAAGAGCCGGCUGUGAAUCGGCGCUCCUGUACCACGGCGGAUACUUGACGCAUUUGUUUAUGAGUUGUCGCGGGUUAGAGCGUCGUGUCCCUAGAUCUACCUACAUGAAGUUUGCAGGCAGAGACCG